UGCUAACCAACUGUGCCACCGUGCUGCCCCUGUACAGCAGGCCCUGUAUCCUAUAUUCUUAAUUAGGCUCAUUUUUUUUUAAAAGAAAAAGAAAAACAACUUGAUUGCAGUUCUUACUAAGCAGCAAAUAAAUGACUGUAAGAAAUUCAUGUGCUGGAGUGAUUUAUUUAUUCAGCCUUGGUGUGAUGCAAGUAUCUCCCAUGUCUAGGUUAAUGUUGGUCAACAGAUGAGUACAAUUGAAAUCACAGUCAAGUUCUCUCUUCCUCAAGGUACCGCAGACAUGGACGGAUGCCCUGUCUCUCCCAACAAUAACACUUUGCAUACAGAUUUCCAUAUAUUCCACUCGUGAUGGGCGUGGGUCAUUUAGAUUUGUUCACUCACUUGACUCUCUCAUUUCCAAACAAUCACGACCCCAUCUUCAGUCUGGCAGGAUCUUAUCUCUGUCUCCCUUUGUAGAGGACGAGGAGAUGGCGAUAAAGGGUCUUGUAUUGAUAGGAGGUUGCUCUCAGGUGCUUGAUGCAUUUAACGAAUCUUUGAGAUGUCUUAAAAAGACGCUUUGCAGAUUCUGUUGCUUUCCCACGGAUCCACUGGGGGAUGUUGAGACUUGGAGUGAGUCUGUGGACAAAGUCCUGAGCUGUAAAGCCGGGCAGAUAGCUUUCCGGGAGUUCCUGAAGUCAGAGUACAGCGAGGAGAAUAUACUGUUUUGGCUCGCCUGUGAGGAGUACAAAAAGAUUAAGACAGUCCCAGAGAUGAUCUCCUCCGCCAACCGGAUCUACUCUGAGUUUGUCCAAACAGAAGCACCAAGACAGAUCAACAUAGACUGCGGUACAAGAGAAAACAUUACAAAUAACAUCUCCCAGCCGACCCUGACUUCGUUUGAUACAGCUCAGAAGCACAUUUACAGUCUGUUGGCCAGGGAUUGCUACCCGCGGUUCCUAAAAUCUGACAUCUAUCAGGGACUCCUGAGGAGAAACGAUUCAAGGUGACUGUAUUAAAAAUGACGGCCUCUCGGGCUGAGGCUCAUGAUGUCUUCUGCUCAACUCUGAUCUGCUGUAGCACUCUUUGAUUUCAGCGUGGAUAACAGGUUUAUCCUAUACAAUCCAGAUCCUUAGUCUAGUGGAGGUAGUUUUUUUUUUCUUAGUCUGUGUGAUUUAGUAGCUUAAGUUGAAUUUUCAGCUUGUAUUAUACUUUAUCCCUUAAUUAAGUAAAAAAAAUGUACCUAUAAGUCUUUUCUUUUCUUUUCUCCCCUCCCACAUACAGUUAAUAAUGAAGAUAAUUCCUUUAUUGUAAAGUAUUAUCAACGCUUUAUAUAACUCUUCGUGCAAAUAUAAACCGUCUUAUGCUCUGAGAACUUCCACUUUCUUAUGCGAAUAAAUAUUGUUAUA